GGACUCCUGAUAAGGGCCGCAGUUCCUGUGCCGCGCGAACCAAAAACCGCCUAGAACAACACGCUCGGUUCAGCCGCGCGGAACACGUUGUGAAAUAAACGUCGUCGUCGCUUGAAAACACGAACGGGUCCUCGGUUCGGCUGGAAUGUGACGGUGCCCGCGGAUUUAUUUUCACAGCUGUGCAAAGUGAUCGUUUUUUUUGGUGACACGUGAGACACGAUUGCGUUCUAAAUACAUACUCUAAUUGACCGGAGUGCAUUGAAGAAUUGAUUGCAGUUUAGGAAUUGCGCCGUAGACGCGAAUAGGAUCGCGUGACAUAAUUUCGGAUUGUUCGAAUUACAAUUACGUCACCCGGUGCAUUGCCCCAGGAACUGCGAGACACGAACCUCGUUGAAGUUAUCGAAAAAUCAAAACUCUCUCGAUCCAAUCGUAAAGUGGCCAACGUCAAAACAUGUUUACGUUACCAUAAAUCAUGGUAACGACCCGGGAACGUCCAGCUUUCCCGCGGAAUUGACAGCGCGACGGCCAUUCGGAGAAGGAACGAAAGAGAUCGAAACAGCUGAGCGAAGAUGAGCAGCUGCAACGUGACGCCGCUGAAGCAGUACGCGGAGAUCAGUUACCGUGUGAAAUGCGUGUCUGUGGAGAACGAGCGCGUGUUCGGCGACGUGUACGUCACUCGUCAGACGAGGAGCAUGCUCUAUUGUGCCGACGGAUAUCAGUUCCCCUCGAUGUACGGCCGAAGAAAAUGCAACUUGAUACAGAAGGCAUGGCCGGGCCCGGACUUCAUGGAGCUGAACAAGAAGAAGCCGAUUAGAAGGGCGAGCAUUACAAUGUCGGCGAAACCGCCCAAGCAGUGCUUGAAGAGAUCGAAAUCGGUCGGCGACACCAGGAGCAUGCCGCAAUACGGCUGCAAGAACAAUGGCGGCGCGAAAACCGAGACCGAUGUUCGGAAUCCGAAGACGUAUCCGUCGCCGUUGCCGUACGCGCCGUUAGGAAAGGAGCGAUCGGUCUCGUCCCUGGUGGAUCAGCUGUUGCUGGAGAUCUACGGGCUGCCGGACGGCGACAGAGGACGAUCGGAAAGCGAUUCGACAGCGUCGUCCCUGAAGGCGCGUCCCCGGCACCAGCAGCUGCAAAAGGCGCGUCUGCUAUGGAAAAGCAAAAGCGAGCUGCAGAUUCUCAUACGGAAUUUACGCGACCAUAUCAAUCAUACAGGCGGUCUGCUGAUCCGCCAGCUGCGGCGAAAGGAUUAUCUGAGCAUCAAGCGAGAAAAACAAUGCGACAUUGUUACCGCGUACCUACAAGCCCACAGCCGGAAACAUAUCGAAGACACGAAGAUGAGAUUCAGCCUGACGCCGCAGCCGGGAGAAAGCGGUUUCAUACAAUGGCUGGAUGCGAUGAAAAUGGUGGCCAGGUUGCAGGGCGGCAUACCACCGGAGUUUCGGAAGAAGUUAUGGCUGACACUGGCGGAACGUCAUCUGGAGCAGCGCGGCGUGGAUUGGAAGCAGGCUGAGAAGGUCUGCUUCAAUGAGUGGAGCAAUCCUGACGACGAAGAGCUCGGAAUACAGAUCGUUAAAGAUCUCCACAGGACAGGCUGCAGCCUAUUUUGCGGCGCUGCCGGCAGAGACAAUCAAGCGGUGUUGCGUCGCGUUCUGCUCGGUUUCGCCCGAUGGAACAAGUCCGUCGGCUAUUGCCAAGGCCUGAACGUGCUCGCCGCCCUCGUUCUGCAGGUGAUGGACCGGGCGGAGUCCGCCGCGGUAAAGGUGAUGAUCUACUUGAUAGAAGGUGUCCUGCCGGAGGGCUACUUCGCGGACAAUCUGCGCGGCCUCUCCGUCGACAUGGCUGUGUUCCGCGACCUGCUGCGGACCAGGCUGCCCAAGCUCUCGAAACACCUCGAGGCGCUACAGAACGACGCGAAGGACAAGGCGACAGGCAGCAGUUACGAGCCACCGCUGACGAAUGUGUUCACGAUGCAAUGGUUCCUCACUCUCUUCUGCCACUGUCUGCCCCAGGAAGCAGUGCUCCGUGUCUGGGACCUGAUAUUCCUCGAAGGCGACGAGAUUCUGCUACGCACCGCUUUGACCAUCUGGGAGGGGCUGUCGGAUCGGAUCAUGACCGUCACGUCGGCCGACGAGUUUUACAGCAUUAUGGGCGUCCUGACCAGGGAGAUGCUGGAGUUCACCGACACCAAUAAUCUCAUCAAGAACAUAGUCAGCAUGGGAGCAUUGCAAGGCGUGACCGGGCUGCGGGAGAAGCACAGGUACAACAUCACGCCGUGGGCAAGGAAGCUGAGCGACGACGACGACAGCGACACGGAGGAGGACGAGAGGCUGGCGGUGGCCGCGGCGAUGUUCAGCAUGGCCCAGCGGCUGAAGAAAGAUCGUAUACCGCAAACAAUCGGCGCGCUGCAGGCGAUGGCGCCCAGCAGCGACCGGGAACGGCUCGCUUUGGACAUUAGCACGUUGAAGCAGCAGUACGCCAAGCUGAGGGAACGGCAACGACAGGCGCACAUCAUACUAUCCGCUGCAUGUGCAAGGCAGACCAUGGUACCACCACCUACUUCUCAGGCCAUGAAUCAUCUUUUAGUGGGCAAAAACGCGCUGGUGAGCGCGAAGAAUCGACCCCUGAGCCUACCUUCCGGCGCUGUACAGGCGAAGACGCGACCUACGCCGCUCGGCCAGAAUCGGAGGGACAGGCAGGGCGUCACGUUGCAUUGGAAGGACACGAAGAAAGCGAAGCAGAAAGCCGCGAGCGCCUCAGGCGCAGUAGAACCGGCAACGUCGCAGCCGCCGGAGGCGGACCUGGCGUCGCCGAAGCGGGGGAACGGGGACAGCGACAGCGAUAGUACAUCCACCGAGCUGUGCGACGAGCCGGACCGGAUGAGCGACGUCGACAGCGAGGACCUGACGUCGGCGUCCGAGUCCUACGUAAUGGCGACGGACGAUGAUCGAACGUCCCGGGGAGGGGGUUCACCGAUGCCGGAGAGAUCGCUGGACCGUUUGUCUCCCGAGGAGAAAAUCGACCCAGCCUCGGUCGACGACAAACUGGGCGCCGACGGAGAGAAUUUGGGGGACACGUCGAUCGCGAAGAUCACCGAUCAGAUCCGACGGCUGUCCGCGGAGGAUGACAAUAAUUCGAUGGUUCCUGAGUCGUUCGGCGCGCUGGGCAAACACUCGCCGGACGAUUCGUCGACGGCGGAGUUGUCUCUACGGAGGGAUCAGUGCGGCGCCGAUGCGUCAGCGGACAGCAACCUGGUCUUGGAUGAGUACUACUCAGGGAUGCUUGGCAACACUGUCGGCGUGAAAGAGGACGAGGCGCUGGGACGCGAGCCGAAGGGUCCUGCGAAGGGGGCCCAGGACUUUGUGGAUGGUCUGAGGGAGCUAAAGGGACUCGGGGAGCUGAAGGACCCGGAGGAGCUAAGAGACUUGAAGGAUCUGAAGGACCUGAAGGUACUAAAAGACACAAAAGAACUGAUGGAUCUGACAGACCUGAGGGACCUGAAGGAGCCGAUGGAUCUGAAGGAGAUAAAGGACCUGAAGGAGCUUAAAGACUCAAAAGAGCUGGGGGACCUGGAGAAGUUGAUGGGCCCAAAAGAGCUAAAGGACCUGAAGGAGCUUAAAGACCCAAAAGAGCUGAGGGACCUGGAGAAGUUGAUGGGCCCAAAAGAGCUAAAGGACCUGAAGGAGCUAAAAGAUCUAAAAGAGCUGAUGGACCUGAAAGAGCUGAGGGAUCUGAAGGAGCUAAAAGACCCAAAAGAGCUGAGGAACUUGAAGGAGCUGAUGGACCCAAAAGAGCUAAAGGACUUGAAGCAGCUGAAGGACCUGAAGGAGCUAAAGGACCCGGAAGAACUGAAGCACCAGAAAGAGCUGAAGGACCUGAAGGAGCUGAUGGAUCUAAAAGAGCUGAAGGAGCUGAAAGUCCCGAAAGAUCCAGGCGCAGUAGAACCGGCAACGUCGCAGCCGCCGGAGGCGGACCUGGCGUCGCCGAAGCGGGGGAACGGGGACAGCGACAGCGAUAGUACAUCCACCGAGCUGUGCGACGAGCCGGACCGGAUGAGCGACGUCGACAGCGAGGACCUGACGUCGGCGUCCGAGUCCUACGUAAUGGCGACGGACGAUGAUCGAACGUCCCGGGGAGGGGGUUCACCGAUGCCGGAGAGAUCGCUGGACCGUUUGUCUCCCGAGGAGAAAAUCGACCCAGCCUCGGUCGACGACAAACUGGGCGCCGACGGAGAGAAUUUGGGGGACACGUCGAUCGCGAAGAUCACCGAUCAGAUCCGACGGCUGUCCGCGGAGGAUGACAAUAAUUCGAUGGUUCCUGAGUCGUUCGGCGCGCUGGGCAAACACUCGCCGGACGAUUCGUCGACGGCGGAGUUGUCUCUACGGAGGGAUCAGUGCGGCGCCGAUGCGUCAGCGGACAGCAACCUGGUCUUGGAUGAGUACUACUCAGGGAUGCUUGGCAACACUGUCGGCGUGAAAGAGGACGAGGCGCUGGGACGCGAGCCGAAGGGUCCUGCGAAGGGGGCCCAGGACUUUGUGGAUGGUCUGAGGGAGCUAAAGGGACUCGGGGAGCUGAAGGACCCGGAGGAGCUAAGAGACUUGAAGGAUCUGAAGGACCUGAAGGUACUAAAAGACACAAAAGAACUGAUGGAUCUGACAGACCUGAGGGACCUGAAGGAGCCGAUGGAUCUGAAGGAGAUAAAGGACCUGAAGGAGCUUAAAGACUCAAAAGAGCUGGGGGACCUGGAGAAGUUGAUGGGCCCAAAAGAGCUAAAGGACCUGAAGGAGCUUAAAGACCCAAAAGAGCUGAGGGACCUGGAGAAGUUGAUGGGCCCAAAAGAGCUAAAGGACCUGAAGGAGCUAAAAGAUCUAAAAGAGCUGAUGGACCUGAAAGAGCUGAGGGAUCUGAAGGAGCUAAAAGACCCAAAAGAGCUGAGGAACUUGAAGGAGCUGAUGGACCCAAAAGAGCUAAAGGACUUGAAGCAGCUGAAGGACCUGAAGGAGCUAAAGGACCCGGAAGAACUGAAGCACCAGAAAGAGCUGAAGGACCUGAAGGAGCUGAUGGAUCUAAAAGAGCUGAAGGAGCUGAAAGUCCCGAAAGAGCUGAAGGACCUGAAGGAGCUAAAAUACCCAAAAGAGCUAAAGGACCUGAAACAACUGAAGGACCUGAAAGACCUUAAAGACCUGACAGACCCAAAAGAACAGAAACAACUGAAGGAUCCAAAUGAUCCGAGGGAUCCGAAAGAUCUGAACGAUCCAGCCCAAGCGUCCAACCCGCCCGCGAGCUUCCAGCCUCUGGACUCCGGUGCGGUUUCGGCAUACCCGGCGUCGCUGCGCGGCAAGUACGAUCGGCUGUUCGACGAGCCGACGUCGAUAGACGUCAGGACGCGACGAGACGAGAGAAUCGCGGCGACCGUGGACAAGUUAAACGCUAGUCAGAACGAGGACGGUAAUUACGGUACGACGAUAAAUAUGACGGAGACGAGUGCCGCGGAGAAAGACGACACAAGGUAUGAUAAACACGCAGAUACAUCUAGCCUAUUAUUAGACCGCGGGUACGACGAAAUGACAGAGAAAUCUAUUUUGUUAGAUAGAAUGUACGAUGAUAUCGCGGACAAGGCCUCCCCGUUAGACACAGUGCGCAACGAUACGGGAGAGGCGACAUUCAGACACGACGUUCAGAGCCUGUCCGUAGACGUAAAGUACGACAGUGUCCUCCUAGAGAGACCCUCCCUGACCCAAACCAGUAUAGACGAGACGUUCGACAGUUUCUUAGACAGGAAAUACGACGGAGAGUCGAGCCGCGACGGUAUCGCGAAACAGCUGACGCAACUGGACGCGAGAUACGCUAGACCAGCCGGCCAGACGUCGUUGAGCCUUAUGGUAGACGCAGUCGUCGGCAGAGCCUCUCCGCUGGACGCGGGAUUCGGCAACAUGUCGGGGACCAGAUUGCUGGACGCCGUAGACGACGAGGCCUCGAAAUACGACGGCCUGUCGAGGAUGUCGUUGAACGGGACGAGGAACCAGGCUGCUCCGUUGGACCCCUACGACAAGGUCGGCUCGCUGGACCCUAAGUUCGGCAGGGCUAGCUCGGUGGCUGCGAGGGGCCCGAUGUACGACGGACUCGACGCCUUCGACGCGAAGUACGAGAAGGUCUCCGUGGAGGCUAAGUACGAGCAGAUCGUGGAGAGGGCGACGCCGUUGGACCUGAAGAGCCCAGGGAAGUCAGUGCUGGACCUGGGGCGCGAGAACGGGGAGCGGUACAGGUCUGCUUUCGAUUUCUCCAGCAUCCUGGAGACGAAGGCGUACGAGCCGGCUGGUGCGACAUCAGCGUCCGAGACAUCAAGUACAAUGGGCGCGGAGACGAGUAUGUUUGGCAAGAGCUACGUGGGACACCUGCCGAUCUCGCCGGUGACCGUGGACCAGAAGUUGGGUCAGCCGAUCUCUGUGCACGGGGCGAACAGUAUUAUAACCCUGACGACGGAGUCCUCCAACUCGCAGCUGCUGGAGACGACGUACCUGGUCGACAGGAUCAUCCAGCCGAGCCAGCAGAAGGCUUACGCAGAGCUGAAGAAGAGCCCGCAGACUCCAGAGAGCAGCAAGUCGUUCGGGUCCGGAGAGACCACAGGACCUGACUCGAAGCCCUCGAGUAUUCCUAUCAGCCCUAGGACACCGGUGAGGUCCGACUCGCGGGGCUACCUAACGGAGAAGUCGGUGUCCUCGUCCGUGAGCUCGGACUCGAAGACCCUUGUGUUCCGGUCGGCGGACUCGGACGGGGCCAAGGACAGCGAGAAGACCGAGACGAGAAAGAGCUUCGAGAAGUCCAGCUCGCUGACGCCGAUCAGCACGGACUCGUUGCGCGUGAAGUCCGAGAGCAGCCCGAAGCUGGUGAUCAGCAGCUCCAGCGAGUCCUGCAGCCCCGGCAAGAUGAAGUCUUCCGAAAGGUCGUUCAGCUCGGAUCUGCAGUCGCCGAUAAGUGCCAACUCGAUCAAGUACACAUCGAACUACAAUAGACACGGCGGGGAUGGCAUGUCCGGCUCGCCGAUGGACCUCAGCGAGGCCACGUCGCCAUUCUACCCGAUCUCGAACCCGAAUCAGAAGACGCCGCCGUCGCCCUACAGCGCGCCCAGACGGCGGUCCAGCCUGGACAGCACCGAGACGUCGCCGGAGCAGAAGUCCAGCAGCUCGAAGGAGUCGAACAGGUACCUGGGCUACCAGUCCAAGUUCGAGCCGGGCCUGAAGCCGGACGCCAACGACAUGGAGGCCAGGUUGCCGAAGAAGGAGGACUUCGGAAGGGGCUACAAAGAGGUCCCCGGCGACAGGAGGAACGGGGACAACGACGUCCAUUUCUACCGGGCAGGUGACUACUGCGCGAAGGACCUAGACCUGGACGACGCCAGUGAGGAUCCCCUGUCGGAGAAGGACGUCGUGCCGUCUCUCCCGCUCGAGAAGCUGGAUAUGCACUACUUGGGCUACAACUACAAGCAUCGGGACAAGUCCAGGCUGCUGGAGCGGAGUUCCAGCAGCCUGGACAGCAGGCGGUUCGCGGACAUGAAGUCCUCGCUGUCCGCGGACGAGUUCAACGCCAGCAUGGUGAAGAAGAGGUCCAGCGACAUCCUGGAGGACAUCAAACACCUGGAGGCGAAGGCUAGCGAGGGCUCCUCGGACCCUGAGAUUCUCGCGAAGAAGAGUUACAUGUGGGAGGACCUGAAGAACCUGGAGGCGAGGCGGCAGGACACGUUCACCGACUCCGCCAGCACGUUCUCCAAGCGACGCCUGGAGAUCCCUGACAUCAGCGUGACGGGGGACGGCAGGAAGUCGUACAUCGUCCACCCGAAGAUGAGCAUCGACGAGAACGCGGACAGCAUAUUGAACACCGUGUGCCGCAACCAGAACAACGGCGUCCCGGACGACGGCAGGGAGUCGAAGCUGGGCGUCUGGACGAAGGUGAAGCCCCGAAAAAAGGGGGACAACGGGCGCAGGAACAGCGACAGGGCGCUGAAGAUCAUCCAGGAGAACUCUGUCAUCCUUCAGAAGAUCCUGGCCUGCCAGGCGAAGAAGCGGCUGCCGGACCUCGAGGAGAUCUCCAAGGAGAUCAGCAUCAGUCCCAUCAACGAGGAGAUCUCCAAGAUCUUUAGUCCAAUCCUGGAGAAGAUGGGGCUGAACGAGCACGAGAUCAACGAGGAGCUCGCCAGGAUCAACUUCAAGGACUUCGACAACAUGACGGCGACCAGCGUGUCCGAGUUCGACGCGAAGAUCAACGAGGAGCUGUCCAGGCUGUCGCUGAUCGACGAUAACGAGCAGAUAGAUCACUUCGCUGUUGACGAGGUGAUCGCACGCCAGUACUCGGACACCAGGGAGCAGCUGAUUGACCGGAAGAUCAACGAGGAGCUGUCAAAGCUGCUGCUGAACUACGAGGACCGAUCGCCGGCCAGCAUGGCGAACCUAGAGAAGAGCUCGAGUCAGAACGUCAGCGAGAUAGACGGCCUGGACCUGUCCAGCGUGUCGACCAACGUCUUCUCCUACAAGUCCUCGAACGACUCCAUAGACGCCAGAAGCGACCUGACCACCCAGGAGCCGUCGCUGCCAUCGGAGAAGUUCUCCCAGUACGCCGAGAAGGUGCUGCCCUACAGCGUUUCGAAGUACAGGGACGACGACUCGUCCCCCAAAAGCGACAUCGACAUCUACAGGGAGCUGGAGAAGCUGGACCAGAUCUCCUCGGCCCAGGUCCUGCCGCACCCGAUCCUGGAGCUCCCGCAGCAGGAGCUAUCCUCCAUCCCCUAUGUGCCUAACAGCUCUCCCUUCGACGACGUCCCGCCGAUCAGAUACACGGCGAAGCCGGUCCAGUACGACGCGUCGCCCCUGAAGACCUCCUACGAUCCCUACAAGACCUUCGACUUCAAGCCCAAGCUGUCCCCCAAGCACGCGACCACCAACCCGUUCGUCUCGUCACCCUACGACCAGCCUGUCAGGGACACCGCCUUCGAGUACAUCAACAACAAGCCAGACCUGUCCAUCAACGCCUACGAUAAGCACCUGAAGAGCCCGCUGAUGACCAAGGAGGCCUUGGAGUUCCGCGUGAGGUACGACGAGGAGCCCUCCAGGGACAUCGGCGGGGAUUACAGGUCCCUGCCUUUGGAACUCACGCUGACUUCCAGCACGUCCCCCUACUUCAGCAACGGGAACACCGAGCCGCUGACGCCGACGAAGUACGGAUCCAAGGAGGACAGGUGCCUAGAUCUUAUAGGGUCCUCUUUCCUGGAAUCCGCGGACCUGCGCCGCAAGUACGACGCCUUGUCCCCGAAGGAGUACUCCCUGAAGAGCCUGGACUACGACAGACACCUGUUGCCUUCCGUAGAGGCCGCCGCCGACCUGGGCUCGUACCUGCCGACGAAACGGAUGGACUAUCCUCUGUCGCCGAGCCGGCAGUUCAUCGAGCAGCGCUUCCCCACCUCGGUGAACCACUACGCGUCGAAGCUGUCCCCGGGCCUGGCCGACGAGACCAAGCGGCCCGUCUCCCACCCGGAUUUCCCGGGCAAGAUGGUCGUCGCAAAGUACACGGAGCUGCCCGACAGAGGCGUGGCGAGCAGCUACCAAAAGUCCUCGCUGAGCCUGGGCAACAUCGGCCACCCGGCCAAGGGCCUCGAGAACAACUACAACACCCUGGCCAGCCCGAAGGCCCAGUUCAGCCCGUUCCCCGUGAGGAACGCGCCCCGGAAGCCGAACGAACUCACCCUGAAGCUGGGCCUCUACCCGCAGAAGAACCCCGAUCUGGGACAGUUGAAGAGGUCAUAGUGCGAGACACGGUGGACACGUCGGGGUCUGCUCGGUUGUUGACCCGGCCGGCCGGGUGGUUCAGUGAUCGACCGGACAGUGGGCCUACGUCGCUGACAGACACUCCGCGAUAACGCGGCGACAACGGUGUCGCGAACCGUUCGUGCCGGAUGCUUUUCGAACGGUCGCACGGUCUCCGAGUCAACGCACGCCUCGCGCGACGCGUCUCGGCCGGCUCGCUGUCUGUCCCUUGGGUGGUGGGGGAAGCCGCGCGUGGCGACACCGCUCAGACACGCCGCGAGGCUACGCGACCGUGCAUGUCGCUCAACCGACCGAACGAACGUUGAAUUUUCACGUACUGUCGCGCAUAAUUGCCCGCUCCUCUUUAGCGAUAAUCAUUAAAUACGUUUUCUCCGAAUGUUUAUAGUCUAUGAACGUUGACUAAUUAAACGAACGUUUUUUACGAGCUCUGCUUGACACGGCUUCACGAGAACCGAUCCCGUUCGCUCUUCGUCUCUUUUGGUAUCGAUUUAGGGAGAGGGAGAGGGAGAGAGAGAGAGGGAGGGACGAAGAGGGAAGGGGAGAGAAAGAGAGAAACAAACGCUUGCUGAACAGCACCAAAGAUCCAUGCGGAACGUACACACACUUGCAAUUUCUAAUGCGAUGCCUUCGAUCUCCCUCCAAUCUCGCAAAGUAACCUCGUUAUCACGUCUCGAUUAUUCAGUACGGUGCGAUAAGUAGCCGCGAUGCGCGCACGAGAGCUCGAACCACGGCGAGAUUGUGAGAUAUGGCAAGCCGGGAGUCGAGAAAAAUUGUUUGCCUGAAUCGGACAGCUAGAGAAAGAGAGAAAGAGAGAGAGAGAAAAA